AGUUUCAGUUCCACCCUCACGCUUCAUUCACGAUUAGCUGAGCUCCACCUCAAAGUCCUCGGCUUGUCUCCGUCCUUCAGCCGACCUCCAUCGGUCGUCCACACAGGCCGCGAUCGCAUCAUGGCGGGCUACGGCGACGACGGCGUGGACCUCACGGAGCUGACGCUGGGACCACCCGGCGUCAAUGCGCGCAAGGCGAGACGAGCGAGGAAGAACGGCCAGCAGCCGUCGUCGUCCGCCAUGACGAUGCAAGCGUUCGUGAAGGUGAGCAUGGACGGGACGCCGUACCUGAGGAAGGUGGACGUGGCGGCGUACGACGACUACGGCGAGCUCGUGGAGGCGCUCAACGAGUUGUUCUGCUGCUGCUCCAUCGGGCUGAUGGACGGCUACGGCGAGUGGGAGCACGCCGUGGUGUACGAGGACGGCGACGGCGACUGGAUGCUCGUCGGCGACGUGCCGUGGGAGAUGUUCGUGUCCUCGUGCAAGCGGAUGCGGGUGAUGCGAUCGUGCGAGGCGAGAGGGCUGAGCUCCAACGCCUGACAGGCAUGCAUGCCGGCGCCGCACUGGGAACAGAAUGACGGAGAUUUGAACGUACGUGCAGCAGAGGCGUCAUCCGGACAAGACUUGCACUGCUGCACAUAUAUAGCUCAAGUGGCGAGAGGGAAGCUGGCGAAUGUGACGACGACGCAAUUCUGGACACGAUUCCAGCACACGAUUCCAACAACAACGUACGAUCUCCUCACGUACUACAUGAGCUGCGCCUGCGCUGCGGGGAUGCAGUUGACUUCCCUAACAUCCAAACAUUUCAGUUCCAUCUCAUCCCUGCGGGAUUUUGAUUUUGGCCACGCGCACCUACCACUACCAUCACCCAGCUCAUGUCACAUUAUUGCUCUUUUUCUGUUGUAGUAUAUGUCACAUGUACAUGAAUCAAGAUCGAGUCGUUGCACCUCCCGGCCGGGUUUUGAUUUUGA